UUCACAGCAGCGCUUAAAGACCCGAUUUGAUGUCCCGUGUGUGCGUGCUCAGUGGUGUCCUGCACGGGUGACUGCGCGUGCGCAAAUCGGACGGAAUCGGUUGUAGGCAUAUGCGCAGCAUUGGUUUCGUGUAAAUUAUGAGCGGUCCUUCUAUCGGCCCGAUUUUGCGAGCCCACCCCUUUGCGGCGGCAGCAGCUUCAGGCUGGCAAGGGGCUGCUCGUUCGCUCGAUCUCCGGCACGUGAUGCGCCCCCCCGCCUGGCCAUGAGUGAGCGGCAGCCGACGACGGCGCUGCACGGCGGGCCCUUCGAGCCCGGACCGCCGCAGGGCCCCGCGCCGGGGCCCGGGCCGCCGACGCUGCUGGCGACCCCGGACGGCUGGCUGAUGGGUCAUAGUGGACCCUCGUACCAGCUGCUGGCGGCGCCGCAGGAGUUCGGGCAUUUCGGGGCCCCGCCGCCGUUCGAGCCGCAGUUCAACAAGGUGGCUUUCCCCUUCCCGCCGGGUUUCGGCUUCGCGCCCAAGGAGCCCGACGACGGCGGCAAGGACGAGGGCCUCACGGCGCGGCUGAUGGACAAGCCCGGCGACGGGUCGUCGCCAAGGGCCGGAACGCCCGCCGGCGGCGUCGGCUACCGUCCCUGGGAGCAGGAGGGCUACGAAGGCGCCCGGCCCGGCGACAAGGACCAGCGGCCCUUCAGCAACGGCCAGGACAAGGGCAGCGGUUCGCCGGGCCUCGGCUCCCAGGACAGCUCGCAGUCUAGCGAGCGCAUGCCCACACCCGUGGACAAGAUGGCAGCGCAGCACCCGGCGCCGCCGUUUCCGAUGCAGCAUCAUCCCUUCGCCGACUUCCCCCCGCACCACGCGGUGUUCUUCGCGGCCGACAAGGGCUCCGGCGAAGAGCCGUCCUUCCAGGUGCCCUCCGUGUCGUCCACCACCACCCGGCACACGCUGCUCCAGCCCAUGGCGCCCGCCUCGCACGAGCCCUGGGUGGACCAGCGCAACGGCCUGGCGGCGCCCCCGCCGCCGGGCACGCCGGACGCCAUGGACAAGGGCACCAAGAAGAAACGCAAGCGCUGCGGCGAGUGCCCAGGCUGCCUCAAGAAGGAUAACUGCGGCGAGUGCGGGCCGUGCAGGAGUGUGCGCAGUCACCAGAUCUGCAAGAUGCGGAAGUGCGAUCAGCUCAAGACCAAAAAGGAGAAAGAGCGCUAUGAGAAGAUGAUGCAUCAGAUGCACGAAAGGCGUCGGGGCACACCAGAUGAAAAUAAAAAUAUGCAACAGGUAGCGAGCGCCAUUUGCGGAAGCGGGGUUGCCGGAAAAGACGGAAUGGCGUCGUCCCCCGGCGGCAGAAAUAAUCUCAACGGGAGGACGCUGAACGGCUCCACGACGCCGUACCUCCCGCAGGGAGUGCCGGAACACCUCGGGCACCCAGGGAUCGGUGGCUUUUCUGGCCACAGCGAGUACCAGCUGCCACCCACAGCCAAGAGUGGGACAGCGGGUGGCCCGAAUCAGAUGUAUGAAUCUGGUCCUUCAUUUGGGACCUUUCCAGCCCAACACCCUCAAGUGGUGGGUGCUUUCAAUGGCCAUGUGCAGCAGCAGCAGCAACAGCAACAGCAGCAGCAACAGCAGCAACAGCAGCAGCAACAGCAGCAGCAUGAUGGGCGCUUGCCUAUGGGCACUGAGGAGGCAGACUUCCCAACGCGUCACCAGAUGAUGAAUAAUCGCCUCAAGACUCUGAUUCAGACUAGGCAGAGCCAGAAGGAGCAAGGCCCUUUUCAGGGCCUGGAAAGCACACUGGGCCCAGCUGGCAACUUUGUGCAUCCGCAGCCAGCGCAGCCAGUGCCUGAUGAGCCCAUGGGUCACCAGCAGUUCAGCCGUCAGGCACCUCCGAAUGAGGUAGGCCCCUCGCGGAGCUUCCCUCCCUUGGCAAGGAGCAACAGCGGCAGCAGCAACAGUGGCAGCCAUUCUAAUGGCAAUCCUCGGCCACCUUCAUCGAGUGAGCUCCCAGCUGAGGCCUGGCACGAGGCGAACCCCUCUAUGGGGCAGGCACGUGGCCGGCCAGAGCUGCCCGAGUUUGCCAAGAAUGGGUCGUCGUCCCAAGGGAGCAACAACUCCGAAGCUGAGUUCUCCCAGCCUGAGGAUCAGAGUCGCGAGAGUGAGUUUGCUGACAGCAGUGCUGAAACAAACAACACAUCCCGAGCCCCAAGUGGGCCUGCUGCUCCCACUAAUGGCAUGAUGUCAUAUGGCAACUUCUAUGGUGCACCACAAGAGCCAUCAGAAGCCAAAGUGGAAGCAUGUGACACCAAGAAAACGACACCCGCUACAAGUGCACCAAAUGCAUCAGAGGCAGACAUUCGUGGUGGUGCUCAGUACCACUAUACUUCAGCAGCCUCCAUUGGCACAACGACGACGGCCAGCACAGCUGCCAGCCACAUUAAGCAGCCCUGCAAUGGACCAGCCCCACCAUCAUCACCAUUUGCAGAGCGACAGUCACCACGAGCAGCAUUUCAGGGGGCUCCGCCAUAUGUGCCCCACUUAGUGCCGCCCGUGCAGCGUGGAAAUGAGAGUGACUCCAGCCACCAGCAACAGCCGCGCAGUGAGAGUGAGCCUACUACUACGGAUGCAGUGCAGCAGCCUUUUUUAUCGAAUACGACCACAUCUAUGAGUACAUAUACAAGUAUUAUCAGUACAUAUAACAGCUUCGCCACUUCGUGCGCUCCUUCCUACCUAGCGGAGCAGCCGCCCCACCACCACCACCAGCAGCUGACUGCGGCGGGGGGGUCCAAGUUUGGUGGUGAUGGUGCCCAAGAUGGGGCGGCUCGGGCGGGAGGGGCGCCCGACGUAGAUGCUGGUCGUAUUGCUGCUGUGGGCGAAUUCCGAGGACUGGAGUUGGGCCUGGCGCCUCUUGGGGGGCCGCCACCCCCUCACUUUGGAGGAUUUGCUGAGGGGCCUCUAGGCUAUGCGGGCCCCCCUUUCCCUCUGCCCCCCAUGGGCCCACCUGGGGCAUCUUUCGCCUCCCUUAAUCUGCCAGGUGCCGAUCCCUGGUGGGAGCGACUUGAGCGACUGCGGAGCAAUGCCAAGGCAGAGCCCCCCGCCUGCGACUGCCUGUCGCCUGAAGAUGCUCCACCUCUGGACAAGUCACCCUACUACACUCACCUUGGCUCUGGUCCAACUGUGGCCGCAAUUAGGGAAAUGCUUGAGCGAAGGCUGAAUGAGACGGGCAGUGCACUACGAAUUGAGAAGGUGCUGUACACGGGCAAGGAGGGCAAGACAAGCCAGGGGUGCCCUGUGGCCAAGUGGGUGAUACGGCGCAGCAGUCCCAGUGAGAAGGUGCUGGCUGUACUGCGACAUCGGCAAGGUCAUCGCUGCCUGUCAGCCUAUAUUGUCAUGGCCAUCGUAGCAUGGGAUGGUGUCCAUGCAGACAUGGCCGACGACCUUUAUCGCACAGUUGUCCACAAAACAGUCAACUUUGGCUUCCCCACUCAGCGCCGCUGUGGCACCAAUGAGCAACGAACUUGUGCAUGCCAAGGAGCAGACUCGGAAACCUGUGGAGCUUCCUUUUCAUUUGGCUGCUCAUGGAGCAUGUAUUAUAAUGGCUGCAAGUAUGCAAGGAGCAAAUCUGUUCGCAAGUUCAAGCUUUCAGAACAGUCUGAAGAACAGGAGCUUGAAGAUAAGCUGCAGCAAUUGGCUACUGACAUGGCUCCCCUGUAUGCUAGAGUUGCACCAGAAUCGUACAAGAACCAGACUGAGUUCGAGUCUGAGGGGAUAUCGUGUAGGUUGGGCUUGAAACCAGGAAGGCCAUUUUCAGGAGUCACAGCCUGCGUGGACUUUUGUGCUCAUGCUCACAAAGAUCUACACAACAUGAAUAAUGGCUGCACUGUUGUAGUGACAUUGACAAAAUAUCGCGGGUUUGAGAAGGGUGACGAUGAGCAGCUGCACGUGCUUCCAUUGUAUGUACUUGACGCAACUGAUGAAUAUGGGAAAAAAGAUGGAUUUUAUGAGAAGGUAAAAACAGGAUCAUUGGAGGUGCUCAGCAAAUAUCACACGACAACUAGGAUACGUAAGGUUCCUUUGGGGCCCUGCAAGAAACGUGGACGAAAAGAAAAGAACCCGGAUGAAGCAGCACAUGCUAUUCAGCAAAACUCGGAGGCACAGACAGAUGAAGGGUACGCAUCACAGACAAUGCCAUCACCAGUCUUCAGUCCCAAUUUUGAAGCACCAUCCUACCACAGAUCUCCUUUCGAAGAGAAGUACAAAUCAGGCAUGCCUCAAGUGAAGCAUGAAUCAGAACUUGGGAAUCCCAGGUUCGAGAUUCCCGUGGGCCCUUUUCGAUCUCAGCAGCAGUCUAGUUUUCAUCCUACUACUAUUGAGCCUCCGACAGCCAAGUCCUAUGGUACAUGUGCACCAGGAUACAAAGUGAAAAAUGAAUUCUUGCCACACAUGUCUUGCCAAUAUGAUACAUCAGCGUCAGAAGGCAGUUUCUCUUUGCAGAAACCCAAUUCUCCUUGUGCUGAAUCUCAUGUUCCUUGUCUAGGCAAAGAUGACAUGAAAGUGGUGGUCAAAAAGGAGAAUUCCAGUGAAGCCUGCAUUCAGAGUACCCUGGACAAAGGAGGCCAAGUAUUAAACAAAACCUCAGGUAUGCCUCAAAUCUUGUCACCUCAUACUUCUGAAAGAAUACAUCAUACAAAGGAUUCCAGUCCAUUUAAUCAGCCAUAUCUUCAGCCUCAACAAGAUCUUGCCUAUGGGAACCCCUACUUUGCGGGAAAUUACACGCAGCAAGGAACACAAAAGAUGGCAAGUCUUUGUACCAUCCCUCAGAGCCCCAUGAUGACUACCAUUCCGGACACUCCUCCUGAGGAUCAUCAUUUGGCUAUGAAUUAUUAUAAGUACAGGAUGGUUGACAGGUACCACUAUCCAAGCUACUUGUCACACAGUGGGCAGAAUGGCCCCCCUGUGGAAGGCCAUAGCAUUGACCAUUUGCAGAACUUGGCUUCAGUUUCCAACCACCACCUGCAGAACCUCGAAUUAGGCCGUCCCAGUGGAGGCCACACUGUCUACUCGCCAUUUGUGGACAGAAGUGCUUCCAUGCCACCUUACCAUCAUCAGUCUAUAAGCGCCACAUUCAGCCCCAUCUCCCAGACUCCGUCCCAGGGUGUUAUGCUUCCACCAUCAUACGUCCCACAGGCGGUGUCUCCGCACAUCACUCGAAAUGCUAGCUAUGGUGCACCUGGCUUUUCCAGAAAUGGCAGCUUCCUACCUUCACCUCAUGAAACAUUUCCACCUCACCCCAGUCCUCCAGUUACUCCCAUGACACCACCAAGCACACCAAGGCUGACUGAACUGAACCCUGUGCGGAUGGACUCCCCACUUCACAUGCGUUCCCCGUACUACAUGGCUGGCAGUUUCGGCAUGCCUGUUGACCCAUCCUGCGGAGCCGCAAGAAGCCACAGUCAGGGUGCCCCCUUCCCCCAAGCGCCCUAUGUGGACGCGGCAGCGUGGGCCUCCGACCGUGACUACAGCGCAGGCUUCCAAGGCCCAUAUUAUGCACCUCGUGGCCAGUGUUUCUCAGCAGCAGUCACCCCACCAAAAGACUAUGGCAUGCAGACACCUCCUGUUGCAGGCCCAACACGCCUACCUGCUGGUCUUGCAACGCCACCACCGCAAGGCCGUUGCAUGCAGGAGCGUGCCAGUGUGCUUCCCCCCUUCAAGAACACUUUCAUGCCAGCGCAGACUGCACCGAAUGGCUUUGAGCGGCACUUGCAGACAUUUCGUUCCGUCAUGGAGGAUGCUCAGAGAAGCCAACCAGUUGGCCCUCCACGGCUUGCGCCACGGCCAGCUAGUCAUGAGGGCCUCCCUAGGGUAGAGAUACCCAAGGCUGAGGAAGAAGGCAUCUAUGAAGUUGACUCGGACAACGAAGCAGUGUUCCAGGACCCAGAAGUUGGUGGUGUGGCCAUUGCCCUAACACAUGGAUCGGUAUUAUUUGAGUGUGCCAAGCACGAGCUCCAUGCUACCACUGCACUCCGACGGCCCGACCGCAAGAACCCCACCCGCAUCAGCCUUGUCUUUUAUCAGCACAAGAACCUCAACUUCAGGAACCAUGGCGAGGAAGAGUGGGAGAAAAAGAUGGAGGUUCGCAAGCUGGAGAAGGCUAAUGGAGAACGACCGUCUAAGAAAAAAGCCAAACUCUCCUCAGAAAGGUUGGAUGAGGAUGGGUUCCCUACGUCGGCGCUGCGACCAGCUGACCAGGCACCGUCCUGGGAGGGACCCCAUGUGCCCCUGCCCUCAUUCUUUGCCAUCAACCCAUACCAGAAGUGUUUCUAGCUUGGCCCAGACAGGAGUGCACUGGGAAGCUUCUAGUGUGCCAGCCAGAAAUUCAUGCAACACAAGUCUCAAACAAAUGUGCAGUCAAUCGCAGAAAUAUGUACAUGAUGAGAGGGGCUACUGCUGUGCAGUUUCUCAGCGUUCUUUGGCAGCACAAUGCAUUCACCUUUGAAGCAUGCUUUCACACAUAUACAAGGUGCUUGUUCUUCUUGCUACUGAGCGAUGAGGCCAGCUCCCUACAACAUGCUUGCAGGUUCUUUUUCUUCUUGUCUGAGAUUGAUGAAAUGUAGGUGCUGCACACAGGUAAUUUCAGUUUUUUGGCUGGCUUUGACUUUUUACUGUAAAAUUAAUUUUAUUUUAGAGUCUGCUAAUGCAAAAUUUUCCAAAUCAUAUCAAAUACAAGGAAUGGAAAAACUGUCUUUGAAUAUCAACUUGAACACUGAUUAAUAUCUAUUUCUAAAGAGCAGAGGAAGACAGUGAGAGCAGAAAAGUAAACAAAGAUUAUUAGAAAGUUUUAGCCUGUCUACCUUAUACAUAUUGCUGUUUAUGAAAUAACAGAACACCAGAGAUGUGGGCGGCAGCAGCACUAGUAGUGGUAUAUUAUGGCACUAACCACAAUACAUUAGAAACAUUUUUGUGCUACAUGACUCUUCUCGUCAGAAGGAAAAAAAACACAAUAUAUAUCAAUGAUUACAUUUCUGCUGACGCAUUUAUGCCAGCAGCAAAGCAGCCAUUGCCCAUUAUUGCGAUAGCAGUUCUGCACACACUAAUUGAACUCAUUGUCGCAGGAUGGCAGCAUCAGUGGUGCUGCUCAUGUCUUCACUUUUGGUACUUUGGUAUUUUGUAAAUGGUGAUAGGUAUAUAACAGGCCAAUACUGUAUUAUCCCUCGAUAAACUUGUAUCGACAAACUCAAUAGACUUAGUGCUGUCUAUGAGUGAAAGCCUGCUCAAGUAGGCCAGUUGUAAAUAUGUGACAGGUGUAGCCAAACUUAAUAUUUUACAUGGAAUAGAUGCUCUAGGAAAGCUCAGUGUUUCCAGAUGAGUUAAUGCAACAGUGGGCAUUUGAAACAGCUGGUGGACAGCCAACACAUGCAUGAGUCUAUCUAAAGAGGGCUCAAAUAAAGAUAGAAAUCCAACAUAAUUGAUAGUGAGUGAAUGUUCAGAAAUAUUGAAUUUCAAACGUUUGAAUAUGAAUGGAAUAACAAAAUGUGUUGAAUUAGUACUUGGAAUGUUUAAUGUUUUGACACUCUUUAUUUUAAUGAAAGAAAUAGAGAUAGAAGGGGUAAGUGGUUUUAAAUAAGCAGAAGUGUUCUUGCUUUUGGAAUUGCCAUACUCUUUAUCUUCAAUGAAGACCCACAAUUUCACUUCUUCUGCUGACCUCUACAGGAAGAUAAUUGCCAGUCAGAUAUUUGCAGUCAUAACGUCGUCAUCUAAUGGCUAGUACACAUAAUAUUUGCUUCAUUUCUUGUGGAGAAGGUUUUAAAACAUAACAUUUUGAGGUCUUCCUGCAGUAUUAUGCAAUGCUUUUGAGUGGGAGAUUCAAGACUGAUCCUUGUCCUUGUUUAUUAUUGGCAGAUUUGCAAAGGCCAUUUUUCUGUGAUCUCGUCACUGUGCAGCCAGCCUAAAAUGCCACCUCCAUGCCUACUUGCACAGAAGGUAGACAGUUAUAAGUUAGCUCACCUAAAAGGUAACCUAGUUCAACUUUGGUGUGGUCCACCUUGUGUGGUGGGUGAGGAGGCAAUAGCUGGUGGCAAGCAGGGUGACAGCUGUAAGGCAAGCACAGGAAAACAGUCCCAACAUUUUUGCUUCCUGUAGUGACAAGGUUAAUACUCUUAACAAAGUAGUUAUAAUUACCAUCUCCUUAGCAUCCUUUAAAGUCUCAAGAUCAGGUUAUUCUGUAAUCGUAACUUCAUGUAGCUAAAGCCAGCACACUGUGAAUGAUGCCAUAAAGCAAGUGCCUGUGUUGAGCUGUCCAGGCAUAGGAAAUUGUUGAAUCAAGUCAUUUUGUGCACUUCACAAUGUAGGGUCUUGUUAAAAACAAAAAGCUGUAAAUGUUUUACCACUAGAUUUUAAAAAAUGAUUGAGACACCUUAUGUGAACACCUUGCUUUGGGUAAAAAUUCAUUUUUACUGAAAUGAGCCACUUUGCAUAAAUUAGAAAGUUAUUUUAGACUGGAGAAAAACACUCUUGUAGUGAGCUUCAGGUGCACAAUGAAAAACCCUGAGUGAUAAAAACUAUUCCCAAGUCCUCCACUGUGGCAUUUCUCAUAACAUCUGUGUUGCUUUGGGACAUUAAACACCAUCAAUUAACCUUUUAGUUGAAGGCCACAUCACAGAAACAAUAACUUUGUUUAAAAAAACAAGGAAUGUUGCAGUAGGAUUUCCAGCAGGAAACUCUGACAUGGACAUCAGGAAAGAAGAUUGCACAACACACUACUGGAUUAGCAAUUGAGUGGUUAAUAAUCGCUUUGGCACAUAAUAUAGCAGAACAGGCAGUUAUAAAGAGGCAGUGUUAAUCCUUUUUUGUUAUAGUACUUAUAAUCUAUUUAUUAAUUUCAUGACAUCAAAGUUUUAAGAAAAAGUAUAAAGAUACUGAUGCAGGCACAAAAUUUUAGAAACCUUGGCUAUGAUGAUUAGCAAUCAUGCCUCAGUAUACAAUCAGUUCUACUAAUAUAAAAGGAAAGGCUACCUGCACAAGGAUAAUCCAUGAAGUUAAGAAACAGAUUAUUGACACGACAAACGGGAUGAACACUGCCUCAUUUGUACUGUUUGUUCUCCUGUAUUAUGCAUCAAAGCGAUUAUUUAAUGUUCAGUUUAAAGUCCAGCGGUGUGUUGUGUGUCUUCUGUCCUGGUGUCCGUGCCAAUGCUUUCUGCUGCACAUCAUUUUGUGAUGUGCAUCCAAUGAGCUGAAGUGCAAAAAAAGAAAAAAAAAGUCUAAGGAGUUCACAAAAUCACCUGCAGGUUUGUUAUGUGUAAGACUUUUAGCAGGCUAUUCUUUUUAUCAAAAAUCUCUACUGAUUUGUUUAAUUAUUUGUUUAAAGUGUCCACCAGUUCAAAUCGUUAGUUAAUUCAAUUAAGUGUUGUGUUACUAUUUGCUAGCCUCUUGCUUAGCUCACUUGAUAACGUGACUGACUACCUGGGUGUGAUGGUGUUCCCGAGUUCGGUUUUUGGACUAUAACAAGCUUUUCCUCAUCAACAAAGUUUUCUCUUUGAAGAAUCAAGUUGCUUCCCAUUGUAGCAUUCUGCUGCAGUCAGGCAGAAGAGAAUUCUCCCUUUCACAGACAACUGUCAGAGCAAGCAUUAUCAUGCUGCACAUUGUUAGUGCAAAUAUAGCUAUCCAUAGUGGUCAGGGUCACUUUGUUUCAGCAUAUGAAGCACAAAACAAAAGAAGAAUGUUUAAUCUGCAUAGUUCUGUACAACCCACUUGUUGUGCAGUCAUGCUCUGUUAAAUAUAAUCCACCAAGUGGUUGGCACCGUUCCUUAUGCCAUAUGAACAGCUAUUGAAAGCAGUAAUCCAAUUCGAUUUUAUUGAGUUUGUGAAUAUAACUGUCUUUUACAUAAGUACAAGCUUUGAGGUGUAUAGGUGACGUGAGGUGUACAGGUGACACAAAGUGGUUGACUGUGACCAUCUUGAUUAUCUCUGUUUAAAGGCAUAUGGUUGGCACACAAGAAGUCUUCUAGAGCAUUCUGUGCUGGCACUUAGAUUCACAGAUGGGAUGAGGGCACUGCUUUUUUUUAUUUUGUUUUUAAAUCCUUUUCACCAUCUACCUGUUCAUUUAAGCAUCCCAUGAUUUCAUAAGCAGCAGUCUUGCUGGCAAUUCAAGGGCAAGGACUCAAGUGGCAGCCUACCUGUUUGGUAGGAAUUUGGCAUUCAAGCUUGUUAAACAUAGAGUUUGACAUCAUUUGAUACAUCCAACAUAUGGGCAUCAGACUACUAUAAUUUAUAAAAAUUCAUGCUGAAAUAAUUUUCACAGCUCAAGUGUUUACCAAGCAUGAAUGCCAGGUGCAAUGCUCUGAAUGCAUUUUAAAAUCUCAUUUGCAGGCGUUACCAUUUGUCACAUUACCUGUUGCUUGAGAGUUCGUCAGCCAGCUACGGAUGUAUUGUUUAACUCUCUUGUGGACAUGCCACCAUCCUUAAAUGGUGUCCCAAUCACAAAAGAAAGGCUGGCACUUUUGACAGAGUGCAUUCUUAACCUUUGCAUCUUUUUAUGCUCAUCAUGUUUUUCCUCACGAGGCUUGCUGCAAAGAUUGGUGUUGCAUUCAGUUCUUAGGCGACUCUUGACAAGUGACUGCAGUGGCUCAGUUUUGUUAUUUGUGCUAUUGUUGCAGCUGUUGUCUUGCCUAGUAGUGUGUUAGUGUGUGUGUGUGUGCAUGCAUUUAUCUGCCAGAUUGCACAAUUGCGAAGCGCUUGUCAUGAAAAGCAUUCAGGCAGGGUGAUCUCUCAAUGAUGUUAAUGACGCACAUUAAGCGAUGAUGGCAGAAGAAUGCAAAUUUCGUUGCAUGAAAAGUCACACAACUUUAUCAGUGCAUGCAGCUUCACAGGCACAUCUGAGCAGACGUGCAGUUCCCACGAGCCACACAACUGUAAUUCAAAGUACAGGCUCGGAGUCCUCCAAGAUUUCACUCUGCAAGCAUUGAAACAUAGUAAUGCAAAACCGUACUUGACUUGAUGUGCUCUUCCAAGGAACUCAGCUCAGCAAAUGGAACUUGGCUGUACCACUUUACACAGAAGUUUUUGCUGCUUUUUGCUAGAGGACUUCCCAGAAACUACAAUGCCUCCAAGGUGUAAAUAUUGGUAUAGCGCUGUCCUAUUUCAUGAUAAAAAGUUUUAUGAACCUUAUCUUUCCUGUAAAACAGUGACAGUCCUUAACAUUGUUCAUCUUGUACAGAGAACAUCUUCAACAUAAGUUAUAAAAAGUUGUUGAUAUACCAGCAUCACUCUGGGACAGUGGCCUUGGUUAUCUUGGUUAAGGAGCUGCCAUUGAAGUGAGAAUGGCAUUGUGAGGCUCAUUUAGGUCACUUCAGCAAUGGGUGCAGCAAUGGGUGCUGCAUUGGCCAGAUGCAACCAAUCUAAUGGGCGAGCGAUGCAGCAUGUGGGUAUGCUAUGCAGUCGUUUAGUUUUCAUUGUAGCAUGAAGUAGUGUUGCUCCCUGGUCAGUUCAUCUCUUGUUAUUAAAUGACCCAUUUUUCAUUUUUAUUUAAGGCCUGAGUAUUUGUUAUACACCUACAAGAAUUUUCAAAUUAUAUAUACAAGUGGUUCCUGUUUUUUUGAACCCAAAUUGUUUUCAUUUCAUAAUGACGUAUAUUACCAAAGGGUAUUUAGAGAAAAUUGUCGAAAUUCAAAAUUGCCAAAGUUUUAAUUUUACACAGAGUACACCACUGCCAUUUUAGUUUACCAUUGUUAGACAUUUUUUUUUGUCUAUGUUACAUGUCACUCUCAUGAUUUUAUGUUGUUGUGAGUGUUCAAAAUGAAGUGCAUUCUUUUGUACAGAGCUGUAAAUAGGAAGUAUACCACAUUAUCAGAUUAGAAUCAUGCAAUUGCAUAACAUAUUCACUAAGAGUAUGGAUAACUACAUGAAAUGCAGAUACAUGUGUGGUCGUUAUACAUGAAGUUUUCCAAUAAAUGGUACUUUAUUGUCUGA